UCGUGUUAUUGUUCUAUGACAGGAAAAAGAUUUUCUACUGAUGUGCGUGAAAGUGAGACGAACCUCAGUAUUGGGCCAACUGGUCAUCAAAGAGGGAAAUUUUCAGUGAAUUUCACAUUGAUUUUCGCGCUUCUGCCGAUAAAGUUUUCGUCCACUUUGUUUCACGCAUUUCAUAGCGAAGGGUAAUGAUUCUGCCAAUCGCACGCUGAAGUUGAAGCUGAAUUCGUAGAGUUAUUGGGUGGUUUUCUUGAUUUCGGAAUCAAUGGUGGAAAGGAGGAGACCUCUGUUUCUGAAUUCAACGAAAGCCUUCGUCAGCUCCUUGCAUAACUCCUCGCCACACGCUGAAAAAGCCCCAGUCGCCGGAGAACACAAGCUCUGCGUCCAUUCUGAGGCCCCUGAGUUGCAGUUGCAGACUGGUAUUCUCCGAUUCGACGACGAUGGAAUUGAAAAUUCACCUCAGAAGUCGUUUUCCUUCGACGACUCUGCCGUGGUUGGGGUCUCGAAUUCCGUUCUGAAAAGACUGUCCAUAACUUCUGGCUCUUUGGUUCUUGUGAAGAAUCUCGAAUCUAAUAGGCAGAGAAUUGCUCAGGCAGUUGUUCUAGAGCCUCCAUGCACCAGUGAAUGCACUUCUGACGGCAAACAAUCUUCUUCUCAUCAUGUUAUGCUUGUUUUUCCUUCUUUUAAUUUCCCUCAAAAGGAUCAACAACCAGUGGAUUCUGGCACUGCCUAUCUGUCUCCCCUUCUGGCGUUCAACCUUGACUUCCAUUUGUCAUGCUUAGGAAGCCUAGUAAACAAAGGACAAGAAACUUUAGCAUCAUAUUUUCAAGCUAAAGUUGGCGAUUCGACGUCUGGAGAAGGGACCAUUCCUUCCGUUAUUAAAGUAGGAUUGAAACCUCUGGUUAAGUUGCCACAAUAUGCAUCACACUUGAGGGUUUCUUUUGUCAAAGUGCCAACAUGUGGUAUCCUUGAAUCUCUAAAUGGGAAAUCAUCUAUUGAAGCUGAAAAUCGUCAGGAAGUAAUUGAUUCUGCACUACAGAAUUAUUUUGAAGUAGAAAGGUAUCUAGCUAGAGGUGAUAUUUUCAGUGUUCGAGUAAAGCAGAAUUGCAGAUCCCCAUUUUGCAUUAGGUGCAACAAAAGCAUGAGGGAAAGAAGUGAUGAUAUCAUCUAUUUUAAGGUUGUGGGAAUGGAGCCAUCAGAAGAACCUGUUCUUUGUAUAAGUCGUACUCAAACUGCUCUUGUGCUUGGAGGCAGUGUUCAUUCUGCUGUCCCUCCCGAUCUGUUGGUUGGUUUACCAAGAAGGCUUGCACCUGUACAGGCAAACACAGUGAAGCUUUUGGCAUCCAUACUUACACCACCUCUUUGUCCAUCUCCUCUUUCAUCAAGAUAUAGAAUUAGCGUUCUAUUAUAUGGCAUGGCAGGGUGUGGAAAGAGGAUGGUGAUUAGAUAUGUUGCUCAAAGAUUGGGCCUUCAUGUAGUUGAGUUAAGCUGCCAUGAUAUUAUGGCUUUGAGUGAAAAAAGAGCACCUGCUGCUUUAGCCCAAGCUUUUAACAUGGCUCAAAGAUACUCACCAACAAUACUUCUUCUUCGCCACUUUGACGUUUUCCGGAAUUUGGGUUCUAAUGAAGGCUCACCCAAUGAUCAACUCGGCAUCCCUACUGAAGUUGCUUCAGUUAUAAAGGAAUUCACCGAGCCAGUUUCUGAUGAGGAAGAUGCACAUUACUCAGGAGAAGGAAACAAUAAUUUUGAGAAAAGCAAGGCCUUUAGGCAUCCACUACUUUUAGUUGCAGCUGCUGAAAGUUGUGAAGGUCUACCAAUUUCUAUUAGGCGUUGCUUCAGUCAUGAAUUAAAAAUGGGUCCGUUGACUGAAGAACAGAGGGUUGAAAUUCUAUCCCAGUGCCUGCAUGGCGUUCCUGAACUUCUUCCCGGAACUAACGUGGAGGAUUUCAUAAAGGAUGUUGCUACACAGACAUCUGGCUUUAUGCCAAGGGAUCUGCAUGCUUUGAUAGCUGAUGCGGGUGCAAACUUGUUGACCAAGGUCAAUUCCCAGACUAAUAAAGAUGAGAACGAGACAUUAGAGAGUCGACUUAGAUCACAAGUACUUACUGAUAAAUCCAGUGAAGAAAAGCCUCUUAUAAUGGAAAAAGAAGAUUUCAACUCCUCAUUGGAUCGGUCCAAAAAAAGAAAUGCGUCAGCAUUGGGAGCUCCAAAGGUUCCAAAUGUGAAAUGGGAAGAUGUUGGGGGACUUGAAGACGUGAAGAAAUCAAUUAUGGAUACAGUUCAGUUACCUCUGUUACACAAGGAUCUGUUUUCGUCAGGUUUGCGCAAACGCUCUGGUGUUCUUUUGUAUGGUCCUCCUGGGACUGGAAAGACUCUUCUGGCCAAAGCUGUUGCUACCGAAUGUUCUUUAAACUUCCUGAGUGUCAAGGGACCCGAACUAAUCAACAUGUAUAUUGGAGAGUCAGAGAAAAACGUUAGAGACAUUUUCCAGAAGGCUAGGUCUGCACGCCCAUGUGUUAUCUUUUUUGAUGAACUUGAUUCUCUUGCUCCUGCUCGAGGGGUAUCCGGAGAUUCUGGGGGUGUUAUGGACAGAGUAGUUUCUCAGAUGCUUGCAGAGAUUGAUGGCCUUAACGAUUCUAGCCAGGAUCUCUUUAUCAUUGGAGCAAGUAAUAGACCAGAUCUGAUUGACCCUGCACUUCUGCGUCCUGGUCGGUUUGAUAAGUUGCUAUAUGUUGGAGUGAACUCUGAGGCAUCUUAUAGGGAACGAGUUCUUAAAGCACUCACUCGGAAAUUUAAAUUGCAUGAGAACAUUUCUCUUCUGUCUAUCGCCAAAAAAUGCCCUCCAAACUUCACCGGUGCAGACAUGUAUGCCUUAUGUGCUGAUGCUUGGUUCCAUGCUGCCAAGCGUAAGGUUAUAAGUUCAGAUUCAAGUUCUUCUAUCGAUGACCAAGAUGAUGCUGUUAUAGUUGAAUAUGAUGAUUUUGUUGAGGUCUUAAAAGAACUCUCUCCCUCGUUGUCAAUGGCUGAGCUAAAAAAAUAUGAGCAGCUGCGAGAUCAUUUUGAAGGAGCUUCAAAAUAAUGUAUGAAUUUAGUUUUGCUUCUAAAUAAAUUAAAAUUAUGAGCCAAUUAUUGAAAAUGAAUCUCUUUCUUGUAUGUUCAAUAUCCUUUUCAUUGGCCAAUGAUGAGUUGGAUUUUUGCUGUAAAUAAGGGUUGGUGUUUUUCUUUUUAAUAAUUAUUUUAAGUACAAAUAUUAUAUUUUUUUGUAAAAGUUAGUUGGAAAAUGAGGUGAUUUAAUUUCUUA